AAAUCCCUAUUUUCUCCUGGAGAAUUUAUUUUUUAAGAAAAUGAUAAUGAUAAUUCUUCUAUAUAUUACAUACUUAAAGAAUGUGUUUAAAUUCAACUAAGCAAACUCCAUUUCAUAAAAUUUCCAGAAAAUAAUAUUCGGAGAAAUACAUUUUAUUACUGGUAAUUUGAGGACUUCAGUUGCUAAAGCUACAGGCUUUUGUAGAGUAUAUAGGAUAAAAAGAGAAUAGUUUAUAGAUAUCAUAAAAAAUAAUAAAUAAGAUUAUGGGAUUUUAUAAAUAAUUAAAGAAGUAUUAAUAAUAAAAAAAGAAUUUAAAAUUUGCAUAAAUAAGAUUUUAUUAAUAUAAUUAAGCAAAUUAUAUUGAAAUAGAAUACCCGAAAACGCAUUUAAUCUAUCAAGGCAU